ACUUUCACCUCGUACACACACAUGUAUGCGGUAUGACUACGAUGUUCACUCCACGUCAAGGUUUUGAAAGACGUUCAGAGAUUGGUCUGGAUGUGAUUUAGCAAGGAAGGUGCUGUUAUUUUCGAGCCGAACUACUUCCUUCUAUGGUUUGUAGCAGUGCAUUGUGCCAGGUUUUCCUUGCGACAAGUUUGACACGAAACUGUGGCGCAGUUUGAAAGGCUUCCGCCCGUGUGUCGCACGUGGACUAAAUGACUGCAUUUCUGGAAGUGGCGAGAUAAAUUUGUUUUUCACAUUGCUAAGGCCAGCAGUAGUCGUGACAGCGGAGAGUAUCUGGAGGCUGCUAGUGUAACGUAUUUUCCCCUCGUCCCGGCACUCAAUUUGUUGUGGGCAAGCUGUGUUUGGAGUUCUCUCUCUCUCCCUCUCUCUGAAUGUGUCGGCUGAGUCAGCCCCCGGUGUAGCUGCAUCUGGCGUUCUUUGACGGCUGCUCGUUCUCGUGAGAGGCAAGGCAGACCGUGCUACCGCCGUCACGGAUAGCACCAACUACUGUAACUCCUUCUAGAACAGCCCAGGUGUCCACUCGCACACGUCUGCAGUCGGCUCCCGUGGGUUCUGAUUAUUCACUCCCAUGGACGUCUUCUUCACCCCUCAGUAGGUGAUGAAAGCUGUAACUAUGGAAACGGGAAAUCUUAGCACAGACUGAGAGGCGGCUUAGUGACAUGCUGUCAUGCUCUGGCUGUAUGGAUGCUGCACUGACGUCUUGCUAGGGCGCCGCAAGAAGCUGUGCACAUUUUCAUGAUGUAUCGGUGGCGGUGGCGUUUGCCUCCCGCAACCCUCCUUGCCAGUCAUCUUCUGCUUGCCAUCGCUUCCACCAUUCUACUAACCAUGCAGUCGGUGUGGGGUCUUCCGAAGUGCACCGCGAUGGGAUUGCCCUGCUCCUUGAACGCCGACUGCGUUCUUCUCCUCCCGACGACGCAAACCAAUGACUCCACUACACCCGCCAAGGCCUGUCGUUGUCGAAGUGGUUUCCACGGUAACGGAACACACUGCGAAAACAUCGACGAGUGUGUUGUCACCCGCUGCCAUAGCAACGCAACGUGCAUAGACACCAGCGGAUCGUACGAGUGCCGCUGUGCGUCUGGUUUCCAUGGAAGCGGGCUGCACUGUGAGGACGUCGACGAGUGCGUUGUCGUGACAACGGGUAUCACCGAUGGCGACGUCGGCGAUGACGGUAUAAACCGUAGUGAUACCGAUGCUGCUGGUGGCUCUGAAAGCAUAUGCCCCGUCGGGUCUGUUUGCAUCAACAAGAUCGGUAGUUAUCGGUGCAAGUGCAAGACGGGAUAUGAGUUAGUCAGCAACGGCACUGCCUGUGACGUCUCCUCGCCAACAGACGGUAACGCGGGCGGCAGUGACGGCAAACUGGAACUGUGGCACCACGUUCUGGUUGCUAGCCUGUGUGGCGUGCUGUCGUUUGUGUUUGUCAUCUGUGCGUGUGCCGUCAUCAAGCAAGUCAUGCUGUACACGGGCAGUCGAAAACCAGCGCCGAACGCGGUGCCACAGGAAGCUGACUGUUGUAAUGAUGCUGAAUGGAGCGGUGAAGACGCUGAAGGGAUCCGCCACCAGCCGCCACCACCACGGGGCUUUGAGCCUCACUACAAUCAAAUCCUGGAGGUGGCGAUGCCGGCGAUGGACUCUGCGGGUGACGCCUGGUCAACGCACACCGAGCUCAAGCCCACCAAGUCCUCAAGCACCGCGGCCAGCGGUAGGACAGUGCUUUCUAGCCGCUGGUCAUCGCGCGGCUUCCUGCACCGCAACAGCACGCUGACUAGCGGCCUGAGCAUGGUGAAUCCGCCACCGAUGACGCUCACCAGCAAGCACACGCUGUACGAGUGCGACCCAGACUACUACCUGUCAGGCUGCGGCCCGGACUCGUUUCUUGGCCGCCCUCGUCUCUGCACCCCGUAUAUGAUGCGGCGGCUGGAGAAACCGCUACCGCCGCCCAUCGACUCGCUGCCGUACUCUCUGUCCGACAGCGAGUUCGCCAACCCGUUGCGACGUUCCUGGUGGGAGAGCAGCGAAUCCUCGGGCUCUUCGUCUUCCAGUGACAGCGACUCUGCAGAUAAGUUUAACCUGGGUGAUGACAUGUCACCUAACAGUGGAUCCACCGCUGGGGGUAGCGGCGCUGGCGGCUACAGGAGACUGAAGCGUGUGGUGAAAAGGAAAGUGCCGAGUCCUUGGCACAGCGCCCCGGUCGGGCUCAAUCUGGUGCCUUCGGAGUACGAGACCAUCGACCGGGGUUCUCUCGGUUAUCGUCAUAGUACCUACGACCGAAGGGCACCGCUGUCUGAAGGCAGCGCCCUAGAACAGAGGAGGUAUACGCGCUCGACCGACUGCAAUUUUCUAAGCCCUGGUGGUGUUGUCGGUGGUGACUUCAACGGUGACUUCCAGCACACGUAUCACCUCAUGCCGCCCUGUAUGCCAGCCGAGCGGCGUGCGCUAUCCCAGUCGUGCACCGGCUCUGAGUUCAGCCACACCGAUGUGGCUGCUCACAACAUGGGCAGCUGUCCAUCGCUUCGGAGACGUCUCUCAAGACAGUUGGCGUUUCGGCAGCAGCCGCUAAGCAGGGUUGGCGGUGAAGACGCUGGCAGCGCGAACAACGAAUACGAACUGUGCGUUCACACGCCAAGGCCACGUCUUCCCAGCACGCCUAAUCUUCUCUACCACGCGCACCGGAGAAGCGUCAGGGACUCUGCCGUGUUCCAUUUUAGCAGCACGAGUAGCGAAGGCGAACCCGAUUGUGUGCGCUCUCGUUCACAGCAAGACUGCGCCGACGCAUCACUUGGCGGCAGUCGCGACGGCCGUAUGAUGUCCUUGCCGAGCGCCGAGCCAAGGACGUCACGACGUCGCAAGGCCGUGUGCUCACAGCAAGACGCAGCGUGUGCAGCCAACGCCAUCGCCACCAUCGGUAAUGGGUAUAAGACAGUGAUGUCAUCAUCAUCGCAGCAGCAGCAGCGUGUGCAGCGUCCCAUACCGGACUUUACCAGUCCCGGUAGCUCUCUCACCUCCAGACACAUUGCAAACACUGGUGUCGACCCGGCAAUGUCCGCCGAAGACAAAAGCAUAGAGAUCAUCGACUCUCCUUCCAAGGUGCCUAUCGAAGUGGUGUUCUCCGACGACUGCUCCACUGUGUCCAGCCGUGCGCGGCUCAAUAGCCGGUCGUCCGGGCAACUGGACACGGACGAGAACGCGAACUCCAGCGGCUCCGACGAUGCAUUCAUGCCAAGCAACUGCGGCGGUGGUGUGGGCAGCGAGGGAGGCGCUGGUGGUGGAGGAGGAGGAAAGCGUCUGAGUGCGGCUUACGCCGUGCAAGGUCAGACGUCCAGGCGGCAGCGUAAGGUCCGGCAAAUGCCAAACUCCUCGCACUAUGUCAACGUCUCUCAGGAGGAGGAGCAGUCAGGCACGUCCUCCGACAUCGUCGCGCUAGAUACAGACGACGUAACAAGCGACGCUCUCUUUGACAGCUGCGGUGACAUAGAGCGAUCGUGGUACGGUAGCAGCCAGUGCAGCUCUGUUAACCUGUCCUCGGCGUCCACCCUACCUUCGAUGGAGGAAAUCCCUCAGGAGUGUGCUCUGCCCAGCAGGCGAACAAGCAGCGUUUUCAGACUGGUGGGCCAGGUGCGCCGGUCCUCCAGCGCGCACAGUAGCUCCGUGUGUCUCUCGCAAACCUCCUCGAAUACGCACAGCAGCUCAGUACGCCACUCACAGUCAACCAUGGUGUUGGCCGAAGCUGAUUUGUCGGAGCUGCUGGGACAGGAGCGACAAUCCCUGUGUCUUGUUGACGACUUCUUGAAGACCUCCAUUUCGUUUGCAGUGCUGCCGUCCAAAAGUGAAGUUGUGGCUACGAAUCCCACUGUGACGUCCCUGUGUGCUUCGGGCGGUGGCCACGACGGAAUGUUCCUGGAGACGGCACGGAACUCGACGAGCGGCCCGCCUACACCGACCGAGCAGAGUGUGUGUGAAGACCGCACGCCACAGCAGAGUGUGUCUGGCAGUACGUGUUUCAACACGGGGGCGGUCGCCCACCAUUACACCGACGCCAGCCUACCUAUCUUCAGACCGGCAUUUCAUUCAUUACAGCAGCAGCAGCAGAACGUACGGGGAGUGCUGUUGCGAAACAGUAGCCCUGCGGUAGCGGAUCUGACACAUCUACGCCGGACACUAUCCAGCCCUACCAGUUCUCCUUCCAGCCAAGCCAGCCACUGCCCGCUCAAUGGGCCAACGUCCAGUACAGCCACUCUACGCGCUACCGAUGGCGCGCCUGAUCUCUGCAGCCCUGAGCUGUCCGAGACGGCGACUUGUACAGCGCCAACCCAAGCCACCCUGGGCUUGCCGGCAGCGAGAGAUCAGCUGGCGUUAACACCGCUGUUGUCUUUGCAGCCUACUAGCACAGCGCAGUAUCACAGCAAUCUGCUGGAUCAAUCUCUCGUUGACAGUGGCGACGGUGCCUCUACCACUGCUAGCAUUAGUAGCCGCUCACAAGACGCUGGCAACAGCAGCGCACUGCUCUCCCUGGACGAUGCAGCAGCACAACACCACGAUGGUGCAGAGCCGAAAAUGUUGCUCCAGCGUCGCAAGAACAUGUCUAUGAAGCUGCUUCAGCGCCGCUGCGGCAGUCUGAAGAAGAAAGUCGAGCGCAGUCUAACGUCACCGGGAGUGUCAGCCGACUCUCAGCUCCACUGUAUACUUGACGACGCUCGGCACGAGACGCCGGAGGAGGAGACAGCAAUGGCUGCUGCCACGGCGUCAGACAGACCGUCGACAACACCUACCCCGACGACAAGAACAACAACCAGUACACCGGCCACUACGGCAGCGCACUCCGCCUCCGGCAGGUCACUGAGUCAGUCGUCGUCGCGCGGGUCACGUCUGAAGAAGAAGUUCCGACGUAGCUUGCGAACCUCGUUUGUACGCGGUAGCUCCUACUCGUGGCGUGUGGGCGUGUCACCGAGUGGCAGCUUCGCCAUGCUGCACGCGCGGGAGAACACGAGUGUGUUUGACGAGGCGUGUCACGGCACCAGACCUGGCUUCAAGGUGCCCAGACGAUCUCACUCGCUGGCCGAUGGGUAUGCUACCGAAGCGUUUGUGACACACCACACACGCCGCUACGACCUGCAGCAGGGACAGAAACCACUCGACUUUCAUCUAGCACAGCUGAAACGAUAGCAACAGCAGCAGCAGCAGCAACAGUAACAACAUACAACAACAACAACAACAACAACUACAACAACAACAACAACAACAACAACAGCAGCAGCAGCAGCAACAGUAACAACAACAUACAUUCAACAGCACCGGCAACAGCACCCGCUAUUUCACACUCCGGUAUAUCACAAAUGCACUGUUGUCAGCUGUUGAUAUACCCUGCUAGUACACAUCCUGUGGAUCGCUGACCACAUGACAGUAACCCAACUUCAGUAGUGUUCCAGUUGUUCUCUAUGGAGCGCAUCAAACACAAGAGCGUUUGCCGCUGCUGAUGCUGAUGCAUGUGCAGCCAGACUCUGUUGAACUUGACAAGCACGGCUUUGAUUUCUCUUGCUGUGCUUCGCUUUCCUGCGCAAGGCCGCAGAUGCGUUAACAUUCUCUCCCCUCCCUCCCCCACCCCACUCUCUCUCUCUCUUUCUCUCUCUCUCUCUCUCUCUCUCUCUCUCUCUCUCUCUCUCCAAUUCCACGGCAGCUCUUGGAUGGAAAAUAGCUUCCUAUCCUAAAAGACGUUGACACUGCCUACACUUGUGCAUCCACUCUGUUAGUUUUUUUUUAAACCCGUACUCCCGCUGGCCGCUCUUGCGUCUCUCCCCCCGCACUGCCGGCAUCACUGGGCUAGCGUGUCCGAGGUGGAGCAUUCUUGCACGGCUCGAGCUCAGAGUCAUCAACAGCAAUUAUGUACGUGCUGGCACCUACGCUAAUCCACUGCCUUGGAGAUUCAAGCUGAACUGCUGAGCUAGCUCGAGUGUCCCACCGUAUCAAUUAUCAUUCUUGUGUAAAGGCUAUUGUUGUUUUGCGUAACUUGCUUAUGUGUUUUUUUUUAAAGAGAAGACUUUUCCCCGGCUGGCAUCCCGGAGCGUACGGUUGCCGUGCGCGUGUGUUUUUGUGAUUCAUGACUGGCUCAUUCUCCCCCCCCCCCCCCCCCUCCUCUCUCCUAUCCACCACCAUUCGGCUAGCUACACUCCACAGCGGUGCUGCUGUGUUUUUUUUCUUAUGAUUCGUGACUGGC